GGCAUUUCCUCCCGGCUCGGGGCCGCGCCGCCCGCGGACCCUCCUCCGAAGGGAGUCGGUUUCCUGCCGCCGCCGCCCGGCACUCGGCGCUGGCUCCCGGGGAGCGGCCGCACUGGAGAUGGGCCCCCCCGCCGCCCCGCUUCUGCCGCUGCUGCUGGCUCUGCUCGGCCGACCCGACCCCGGGAGAGCCGAGGGCUGUGACCUGCAGCCGGUGACAGUGGAGCCGCCCAUCACCCUGUCCUACGCCACCAGCGCGGUGCCCCGGGGCUGUGUCAGCAGCAGCUCCGUGGGCACCAGCCAUGAAGUGCAUGUCCUCAGCGUUCAGUGGUCCAAGGCACCUGCCCUCCCGCUGAAGGUGUCGGUCGUGCCACAAGCUGUUGGCUGCACCCGGCCAGCGGUGCUCGUCCUCCUGUGUGCCCACUGCUCGGCCACCAUCACCUCCCCGUGCCCAGACCUGCUGAUCCGCACCGAUGCCCACCUCAGCCUGGGGACCACCGUGACACAGCGCUCCGAGCCACCUGCAGCUACCAGCACGGGGCAGCUGCUGGCCUGGGCCCAGAGCACCUAUGGGGGCAUCACGUCCUACAGUGAACUGCGGGACCCCCGCCGGGUGCAGCUGCGCCUGGGAGAAGACACUGGCAGCCCCCGGGACUGUGUCCCCCAGGAGCACUUUGAUGCCGCCCCGCACCUCGAGACCGAGGUCUUCUUCCACGGGAUGAAGGGCUGCUCACGUGGGGAUGCCCAGAGCACCAGGGCUGCCCACAUCAUCCGGCUGCAGCACGAGCCCAGGUCCCCUCUCACAGAGGUGAACCUGUCCCUGAGCUGUCCCGAGAGAGUGGAGAGCAACCAGAUCCUCAUCCUGCAGAGCCGGACCAACCUCACCUGGUCCCUCUCCGUCAACAACUGCCACAUCCAGUUCCUGGUCUCCGGGAACUACAAGAUCGCUCCCAUCUCCUCUCGGCUGCUCCCUGGGGAGCUCCUGCCUGACACAGAGCAGGGCCUGGUGGCCAAAGCCUUCGAGAAGAACUACAGCGUCAUCGCCUCCUACUCCACCAUCCCCACCAGUGCCCACAUCAGCCUGGAGAUCCAGGAGCAUGAGGUGGUCAGGAGGGCACCCACGACAUCCGCUCUCCCAGCCCCCAGCACUGACUCUCUGCCCAACGUGCUGCUGCUCAUGCUCCACCCCUGGAAGUGCACGGAUGAAACCAUGGAGAUUGUCAUUGCCAGGUCCCACCUGGAGCCCAUCAAGGAUGUGGUGAACAUGACCCUGAGGGACAUCAGCUGCCAGGCAGAGAAAAAUGCCACUCACUUCAUGCUGAAAACCCCCCUCAGCCACUGCGGCACCUCGCUGGAGAGCAGGGGCCAUGCCAACAACGAGCUCAUCCUCAACCUGGCCAACGGCACAGUGCUCCGGAGCGUGCGGGUGGCCUUCCAGUGCAAGAUCCCACGGGAGCUCUUCCUGCGCCUCUUCCCCUCCGCUGCCUUUGAGGUGCCACAGACAGAGCUGGAGGUCAACAAGGAGGCCUUUGUCCAGGCGUCCAUGCGCUGGGAGGACCAUCCAGCCGACCUGCAGCUGAAGGAGUGCUGGCUGGUGGUGCCAGGCCGGGAGCCAGAGCUGCUGGUGCAGGGUGGGGAGGCACAGGGGGCAGGGGUGGCUGUCCUGGAGGGUCCCCCUGGCACCCGCGGCAGGAAGGUCUGGCGCUUCCGCUUCACCUACACCGUCCCCGAGGGUGGACGUGUCCCCUUCUCCGCCACCCUCAAGUGCAAGGCUGGCUUGCAGAACAACACCAUCUUUGAGAAGGUCCUGGAGGUGACGGUGAAGGAUGGCUGGCGGCCACCUAACAGCCGGGGGCUGGGACUGGCUGCUGUCCUGGGCAUCACCUUCGGCGCCUUCCUCAUCGGGGCGCUCCUCACUGCCGGGCUCUGGUACAUCUACUCCCACACCCGUCCCAUCUCCAAACUGCAGCCGGUUUCCAGCACGGCGCCGGCCUCCAAGAGCAGCAGCACCAACCACAGCAUCGGCAGCACCCAGAGCACCCCCUGCUCCACCAGCAGCAUGGCCUGACCCCCCCACGGGGCCCCCUCCCCGAGCCCACCCGGCUCCUGGCUGCCGGACUUGGGGACCCAUCCUGGCCCCAUUAAGCUAUUUUUUUGCCCCAAAUCUCAGGCCGAGCCCAGAGGGGGCCUCCGUUACUCAUUCAGUGAAUGCUUUGGCCUCCCAAGGGCAACCCACUGUAAGGGGGGGAACCCUACAACCCCCCCCACCCCGGGGUCCCCCACUGCUGGGUGCACCAGGGAGGUGGAGAGAGCAGCUAUUGCCAAAACCCCCCCUCUCAAGGCUCCCCAUCAAAUGGGGGUGGGGGGGACAAAAGUGGGUGCCCCCAGGAUGUGCCCCAGCACUUGGGGUGACCCCUGGGCCCCUCCCCUGUCCCCCCCAAGAAUGCAGUGGGCAGCACUGGGAGCAUCAAAAGGUUUAUUGGGGGUGGGGGGGGUGAGGGGAUGCUGCCCCCUGUGGGGCAAUGGGCAAAAAACCACCCCCCACACCCCCCCAGCUCCCCAUCCAAGUUACAAACUCUUAUUAAUAAUAAUAAAAAUCUCCCCUAUGUUAAA